AUUUCCGGGUCAGUGAGGCCGCCUACGGCGGCGCAGGCGUGAGUAUUACCCGGUGUCCAGUCUAUGGAGUCAGUUGUUCCCCGCGGCGUCGCGGAGGCAGGAGGUGGUGUCCGAGUGGGGGCCUUUGCCCCGCCAGGAUGUUACCGGGCUUGGCCGCCGCCACUGCGGCCCACAGGUGUAGCUGGUCCUCCCUCUGCCGGCUCCAUCUGCGCUGCAGGGCGGCGGCCCACGGCUCCAGCGAGCGCCAGGAAUGGCAGAAUGUAGUGACAUUGGGAAGCUUUUCAAACAUGGUUCGCUAUAGUCACCCAUUUAUUUGUACACUGAGUCAAAUGAAGUCAUACUCCACAAAUGUUCAGAAGGAAGGACAGGGAUCACAGACUCUCAGAGUGGAAAAAGUACCAUCAUUUGAUGAAACAGCAGAAAAUAUAGGCGCUGAACUGAAAGCUCCACUUAUUAAGCAAGAGCCUCUCCAAGUAAGAGUCAAAGCAGUCCUUAAGAAGAGGGAGUAUGGACCAAAGUACACUCAGAAUAAUUUCAUCACUGGAGUCAGAGCAAUAAAUGAGUUCUGCCUUAAAUCCAGUGAUCUAGACCAGCUUCGAAAAAUCAGACGACGAAGUCCUCAUGAAGAUACUGAAUCCUUUACUGUAUACUUGAGAUCAGAUGUGGAGGCAAAAUCCUUGGAAGUUUGGGGAAGCCCUGAAGCUCUGGCCAGAGAAAAAAAACUGCGUAAAGAAGCAGAAAUAGAAUACAGAGAAAGGCUGUUUAGAAACCAAAAGAUACUAAGAGAAUAUAGAGACUUCCUGGGAAACACCAAGCCACGGUCCAGGACGACAUCAGUUUUUUUUAAAGGGCCAGGAAAAGUGGUGAUGGUUGCCAUUUGCAUCAAUGGAUUAAACUGCUUCUUUAAAUUUCUUGCCUGGAUUUAUACGGGUUCAGCAAGUAUGUUCUCUGAAGCUAUACACUCUUUAUCUGAUACUUGUAAUCAGGGUUUACUAGCAGUGGGCAUCAGUAAGUCUGUUCAAACACCAGAUCCUACUCAUCCGUAUGGAUUUUCAAAUAUGCGCUAUAUUGCUUCGCUAAUUAGUGGUGUUGGUAUUUUCAUGAUGGGUGCAGGAUUAUCUUGGUACCACGGAAUCAUGGGAUUGCUUAAUCCUCAACCAAUGGAAUCCCUUCUAUGGGCAUAUUGUAUUUUAGCGGGAUCAUUAGCAUCUGAAGGAGCAACACUUCUUGUUGCUGUAAAUGAACUUCGUAGGAGUGCUCGGGCCAAAGGAAUGUCAUUUUAUAAAUAUGUAAUGGAAAGUCGUGAUCCUAGUACAAAUGUUAUAUUACUGGAGGAUACUGCAGCGGUCUUGGGAGUGACCAUAGCAGCUACGUGUAUGGGCCUUACUUCUAUAACAGGUAAUCCUCUGUAUGACAGCCUAGGUUCUUUGGGUGUGGGCACGUUAUUAGGCAUGGUCUCAGCAUUCCUCAUCUACACCAACACGGAAGCGCUCUUAGGGCGAUCCAUCCAGCCAGAACAAGUACAGCGGCUUACUGAACUCCUGGAGAACGACCCAUCAGUAAGGGCAAUUCAUGACGUUAAAGCCACAGAUCUGGGAUUAGGGAAAGUAAGAUUUAAGGCAGAAGUAGAUUUUGAUGGACGAGUUGUUACAAGAUCGUAUUUGGAAAAGCAAGAUUUUGACCAAAUGUUACAGGAAAUUCAAGAAGUGAAAACUCCUGAAGAACUAGAGACCUUUAUGCUUAAACAUGGAGAAAACAUUAUUGAUACUUUAGGAGCUGAAGUAGAUAGACUUGAGAAAGAACUAAAAAAACGAAAUCCUGAAGUGCGACAUGUGGAUUUGGAGAUAUUAUAGAUUUGAUGGAAUGAAUCGCCUUGGAAGGAAGCCUUGGAAACAAGUUUGGUGAGCCUGCUCUCCCACAUCGAAGGAGUCCAUGCUACUCAGAAGCUGUUUUAUUAAGAUGGAGGAAAUACUUAAUGUGAAGGGCAGUUCAGCAGUCUACAGAACUAAUACUACUUCAUAUUUCUGAGAGACAUAUUACAAGUUGAAUCAAUUUGGAAAUCUUGUUUUUAUGUUUCAGUAGAGAACAUUUUAGUUGUCUAAAUUGUUCAUAAUUUUUCAUUUUACCCCAUCAGGGUGUAUUGUACCUUGCAAUCAUGUUUCCUUUCUUCACAUUGGUAAGAAUAAACAACAUCCAUAGGAUUAUAAUUUUUAAUUUUAUGACCACUGAAGAUUUCACUCCAUCAAAACCCAUCAGUCUUGAACAUCCUGGCUAAAUCUUGGUUUUUAAACAGUCACUCUGUGUUUUUGUUUUUUUUCUUACAGAAUGUGGGAAUUAUUUCUACAUAAUUCUGCCCUGAGCACUAAGAGGAACACUUUCCUAACCGAGUUAUCCACAAAUGUUCAUUCCAGAAAUGGCUUAGUUACUGAAUUGAAGGAAGACAUGUCAGUCCACUCAUAGGCUAUAGUAGUUGCCAUUUUGUAAAAUUUCUAUGUCUCCUUAACUUUUUUUCUUUCUUUAGUUUAAUUUUUCCAGUGUAGGAGAUCCAAAAUAACCCUAGAUGUUUCCAUAGGCCAGUUUGAUGGCUGUUUUUGUUUGUUUGUUUUCAUGUUUUUCACUGGCUUUGGUGCCAUAAUGUGUAUUUACUAGGAGGUAAUGCAUUUAUAAGCAUUUUAACAUUCUGUAAAAUGGACUAGAAAUAUUUAUAAUUUUGCAGACAGGACAGCAUUUUAUUUUUAAUUUAUUUAAAAAGGCACUACUCAUGUAAAUCUGAACCGUGGGGUAUUUCUUGCUUUAAGAGAAAGAGAAGUAAAUCUCUUCUUAUGCAGAAACUUGUGGCCAUGAUUUUGUAUAAUGUCAUAGUCAAUAGUGUGUCUGUAAUAUGAGUUUUUUGCAGUUACAAAUGGGCAUUUAACAUAAUAUGUGGCUAAAACAUUAUGUAAUUAAGUAGCUUUCUAGUGAUCAUCAGGUAUCAUGGUGAAAAAGCAUACAAUUCAGUAAUGGAAAUUUAGUGCAAAACUAUAGCUGUGUCUCCAUUCAUCAAAAUUACUUGGGGCACCUUGGUGGUUCAGUGGGUUAAGCCUUUGCCUUCAGCUCACGUCAUGAUCCAGGGUCCUGGGAUCAAGCCCCACAUCGGGCUCUCUGCUCAGCAGGGAGCCUGCUUCCCCCCCCACCCCCACUGCCUACUUGUGAUCUCUCUGUCAAAUAAACAAAUAAAAUCUUAAAAAAAAAAAAAAAAAAAGGCAAAACAACAACAAAAAACACCCAACUCAUACGCACUUUAAAUUGUUCAGGUAGCAGAGAGAAUUGUCCAGGCAAGACUGAUGGCUGGGUGAUUUCUUUUGCUGGAUAAGUGAGUGUUUGACCUAAGGACCUAACUGUAUGAGGUCAGUGUCUAAAAACUUACUUAGAUUGAGGUUAAUGAAUCACAGCAAAUUGUAAUCCUGGAAACAAAAAAUAAACAUUUGGUUAAAGGGGUUGUAAUGGUAGUUUUUUGAUCCAGGAAUGUCAUUUAUUGGAAAAUUAUGAAAAUUUACAUAAGUGUACUUUUUUUUUUACCAUUACAAAGCAUUUUGCAUGUACAUUUUAAGUGAAAUAACAUUCCAGUUUUAUUUUUGAAGAUACAAAAUUAUUAUAUACAUACAUAUACACAUGUAACACACACAGUUUGAUUCUCUUACGGUUUCAAAUUCUUUACCCUUUCUUUUUUUUUUAAACUGUUUUUGACCCAUUAUACUUCACUCCAUACUUCUAAUGUCUAGUUCCCACUUGUCAUUUGUCCCAUGUCACUGUCAUAUGGGAAGGUACAUGCAAUUUCCUCCCAGUAAAAUUACUCUGAAAAACUUCACAUAGCUACAUGAGAGUAAUUAACUCAUUUAGAAAAAAAUGUUACAGUUGAUGUGCACAAGUUAUUCUAAAUGGUAGAUUUUUUAAGGAUUCCCUAAGAAACCAAUUCCUGAUAUUUCAUUGAGUUUUCUAAUCUGAUUUUUAUUGAAGUCAUGCCAGUUCUUAAAUAAUAAUAGAAAGCUUAUGUUUGUCUUUUCUUUCCAUUUUUGUUCUGUACUAAUAUUGUAAAGUUUAACAUAAUUUGACAUAAAGACGUAUGGCAUAAUCUAAGAAUUUGAGUAUUUCUGUGAAAAUGUAUGCUAUCACUGCUCUGUUGUAUUUUUUUUUCUCCUUUUAAAUUAGAGUCCAGUUUGAAUUUUAAAACCAGAGAAUUUGGGCCUCUUUUUUUUUCAAAAUAAGAGACUAUCUGUUCAGGUUUCUUGGUUUUGUGUUUUUCUAAAUUAAUGAUUCUAUUUUAAGUCUUGACCUGAUGAUGCAUUCAUAGCAUUUGAACAUGUAAGCAUAUAAAUCUUGAUCUUUUCAAAGGAAAUAGCUUCCGUGAUAAAGUAAUUGUGAAAGUAGUGUUGGAGAGUGAGAAGAGCAGUCAGAGCCCUUGACUCCUACUUGCUGACCUCAGGAACUCAAAGGUGAACACAUACGCUGUUUUUAGUCCCCGCUGAGAAUGGACCUCCAAUCAGCUGUAAGUAGUAGGCCCCAAACUGGGUAAGGUGGCACAUUUUUAAGAUGACGGCAGUUAGGAGAAUGAGGGAUGGAGACCUAUUUUUAAGUUGACCAUCUUGGUGGCCAGUAAUAUCCAAUUUUAAUGAGCGAGAUUUCUGAACGUGUACUAAAGAAACUGAGAUAGGAUUAGACUGGAAAUUUUUCAGAUUUUCUUCAAAAACAAAGUUAAUCUCUGCAUACAUACAUCCUACCCACACACCAAAUAACCCUGAAUAACAAAAUGGCAUAAGACUUGAAUUUUGGGCAUAUGAUUUUAGUGUUACCUUAAUUGUCCCAUAAUUUGGAGAAUGCUUUUUGCUAAAAUUACACCAUCUAAAGGAAAUGACUUAAGUUUUAAAUUUGAUAACUUUUUGAGGUAGAAUGCUAGAAACUACAGAAAAUUGCACAGGCAUUUAGAAUUUAUACUAUCUUAGAUUGCAUUUGUCAAGCUUUGGCAUUUCUUUUAAAUGUGAUGACCCCCAAUUUGCCAAACUGUCAGAAGUCAGUGAAGCAAAGAAUUGAAGGUAAAAUGUUGAUUCAAAGUUUGUCUCCCUUAAAUCCCUCAUCCCUGUGCCUGAAAUGGAAAUUUGGAAGGCAUUUAUGUAGAAGAUUGGUCUGGCAGCCUUUAUAUUUGCAUUAAGUUUAGUAGCAUCUCUAGACUUUGGUUUUAUGGAAGAGAAAAUUUUUAUUUUUAUUAUACUGUAUUUCAUCUCUCUGAUUUUGCUGGCAGAUUAAGACGGCCCUAGCCCCUCAGGAUGCUUUUUCCCUAAUAAAUGUCAGAUGUAAGUAAGAGCAGUUCA